AUGGCCCGCCGUGCCUUGGACCAGUCGAGCCGCUACGCGGACCUCUCGCUGACGGAGGAGGACCUGAUCAAGAACGGCCAGCACGUGCUCGUGGCCUACAUCAUGAAGCCCAAGGCGGGUUACGACUACCUGGCCACGGCGGCGCACUUCGCGGCGGAGUCCUCCACUGGCACGAAUGUGAACGUGUGCACCACUGACGACUUCACUAAGACUGUGGACGCUCUCGUUUACUACAUCGACCCAGAGAACGAAGAGAUGAAGAUCGCCUACCCGACGGCCUUGUUCGACCGCAACAUCACCGACGGCCGCGCCAUGAUGUGCUCCGUGCUGACUCUCAGCAUCGGAAACAACCAGGGUAUGGGUGACGUCGACUACGGCAAGAUCUAUGACAUCUACUUCCCGCCGCAGUAUCUGCGCCUGUUCGACGGGCCGUCUUGCUGCGUGAUCGACAUGUGGCGCAUCCUGGGCCGCGGCACGGUCGGCGGUGGCCUGGUGGUCGGCACCAUCAUUAAGCCCAAGCUCGGCUUGCAGCCGAAGCCUUUCGGCCAGGCGUGCUAUGGCUUCUGGCAGGGCGGCGAUUUCAUCAAGAACGACGAGCCGCAGGGCAACCAGACGUUUUGCCAAAUGAACGAGUGCAUCCCCGAAGUCGUGAAGGCCAUGCGUGCGGCCCAGGAGGAGACGGGCCAGGGCAAGCUGUUCUCCGCUAACAUCACUGCGGACGACCCGAACGAGAUGAUCGCGCGUGCCAAGUACAUCCUGAAUCAGAUGGGCCCGAUGGCUGAGAAUUGCGCCUUUUUGGUCGACGGGUACGUGGCUGGCGGCACUGCGGUGACCGUUGCGCGCCGCAACUUCCCGAAGCAGUUUCUGCACUACCACCGCGCAGGCCACGGCGCAGUGACCAGCCCUCAGACGCAGCGUGGGUACACCGCCUUCGUGCACACCAAGCUGUCGCGCGUCAUCGGUGCCAGCGGCAUCCACACGGGCACGAUGAGCUUCGGCAAGAUGGAGGGCGAUGCUUCGGACAAGAACAUCGGCUUCAUGCUGCAGGACGACGUCGCCGACGGCCCGUACUACCGCCAGGAGUGGGAGGGCAUGAAGCAGACCACCCCGAUCAUCUCGGGUGGCAUGAACGCCCUGCGGCUGCCUGCGUUCUUCGAGAACCUGGGGCACUCCAACGUGAUCCUGACGGCCGGCGGUGGGGCGUUCGGGCACAAGGACGGGCCGAAGCAGGGCGCGAUUUCGUGCGCCCAGGGCGAGGAGUCGUGGAAGCUGUGGAAGGCAGGCACCUACGGCGACGUGAGCCUGUCGGACGGCGUCGUCGAGUACGCGAAGACGCACGAGGAGCUCAAGGGCGCUUUCCUGACCUUCCAGAAGGACGCGGACCAGAUCUACCCGGGCUGGAAGGAGAAGCUCGGCUACACCGGUGAGUCCUCCGUCCAGGCCGCCAGCUUCAACUGGCAGAAGAAGGAGUUGAGCUGA